GACCUGAGAACACCAGAGACCAUGGUGGAGAGAGUUGUAUCAAGCCUGGACCUAAGAACACCAGAGACCAUGGUGGAGAGAGUUGUAUCAAGCCGGGACCUGAGGACAACAGAGACCAUGAUGGAGAGAGUUGUAUCAAGCCUGGACCUGAGAACACCAGAGACCAUGGUGGAGAGAGUUGGAUCAAGCCUGGACCUGAGAACACCAGAGACCAUGGUGGAGAGAGUUGGAUCAAGUUUGGACCUGAGAAAUGGAUUCCUCAGAGCUGUAAGACUUGUGACCAUGUUGAGGAUUCCACACACUGGCUUCAGAUUGAACCCUUGACUUCCACUGUCCAGGGAGUGACAAUGUUCAGGCACAGGACACCCAGAGGGAGUUAUGAGUGCACAGUGUCUGGGCUCCGCUGGCUGUGUGAGAGAGAUGUCAUUCUGAAGUAUCACUUCAGGAACUGGGAACCCUACAGUCAACUUCUGAAAGACAUGCAGUACACACAAGGUGGUCCAUUGCUGGACAUCACUAUGGAGUUAGGUGAACUGGAGGAAGUUCAUCUGCCACACUUUGUCUGUUUAGGGACCAACCCUUCCCUGAGGAAUGAGAUGAAGAUUCUUCAUGUAGAGGAACAUGGAGUGUCUUUUGAGGAAGUGCAUGAGGUCACCAGAUUCCAUGUUAAGAUUCUUCAUCCCAAAUUCUCACCCAUCUCUGUUAUACUGAGGUUACUGUCUUGGAACAUAGAUGUCCACUGUGACGUGGUCCUCUAUUUGGCAGUAAAAAGGUCAACAGUCAUUUCAAGGCUAUACCUGCUCCUCAGAAACUCCAGUCAGAAAGAGGCUGUUCAGGAACGGGAGAAAAACCAGGUGUCCAAAGGAUUUUCAGAAUUCGUCCUGUCAAGUCCAAACGGGUCCUUAAAGCUGAACAGUUGGUUUGCGUUCAAGAAUCCCCGCUCCUCUUCCAUCAAUCCAGAGAAGAUUCAGCUGUUACCUGCAGACACCACACCAAGCUGUUGUCAGAUGAUAAUGGGAAACACAGGGGUGGACAUUGAGAUGGAGUUAAUCGGGGAUGAUGAGAGGACAGUAUGGAAAUCAGUGGUAUCAAAAGAUGUGUACAGCAACGACUCUCAUCCAACAUCAUUAAUACUCUCUGGGAUUCCUGCUGAGGAGUUUCUUCAGAAACACAGGGCUGAACUCAUUCAGGGAGUCAAAAACACAAUGCCAAUAGCAGAUGUUCUGCGGUCAAAGUACAUGAUUGGUGAUGAAGAGUACUCCAGAAUAAAAGCCGAAACAACUGAACAGGAGCGAAUGAGAGAACUACUGAACGCAGUCCUCCCUAAAGGACCAGAAGUGAUGGGAGCUUGUCUCAAAGCUCUCAGUGAACAUGAACACCAUCUUGUUAAGUACUUGAGUGAAUCGAGCACCUAAUCUGAAGAUGCUGAGGCCUGUCUCCUAGUCUGUGGACAAAGACACUUCUCCACCUAAUCUGAAGAUGUUGAGGCCUGUCUCCUAGUCUGUGGACAAAGACACUUCUCCACCUAAUCUGAAGAUGCUGAGGCCUGUCUCCUAGUCUGUGGACAAAGACACUUCUCCACCUAAUCUGAAGAUACUGAGGCCUGUCUUCUAGUCUGUGGACAAAGACACUUCUCCACCUAAUCUGAAGAUGCUGAGGCCUGUCUCCUAGUCUGUGGACAAAGACACUUCUCCACCUAAUCUGAAGAUGUUGAGGCCUGUCUCCUAGUCUGUGGACAAAGACACUUCUCCACCUAAUCUGAAGAUACUGAGGCCUGUCUCCUAGUCUGUGGACAAAGACACUUAAGUGAUUUUAAGGGAAAUGUUUGUUUGUGCUAUUCUUUUAACAAAUGUCUGUGUUUUAUUCAUGUGCUGUUCUGUAAACUAAUUUGUGUGUUCAUGCAAGUGGCUGACUGUACAAAUCCUCACAAACAGUAGAUGUAAUUUGGCAGUAAGGCCAGAUGUUGGUUUGAGAACGAGAUAUCUCAGUUUCAAGGUCUCAUCUUAGAGAGAAGAAGACUGGUGACGUGUUGGUCUGUCCAAUGCUAUGAACCAGUAUUGGUCGGUCACAUGAAUGAAGCAAACAGUAAUGGUUCAUUAAUUAUGCUAAAUCAUGCAAAUUUAGCUUGUCUGUGUAUAGCCAUAUAUGAGAGAACUGUUGGGUCUGACCAGGGAGGGCUCCUGAUUGACAUCUGUACUGUUGUUCAUUGAGUUGGGUCUGACCAGGCAUAGCCCCUGAUUGACAUCUGUACUGUUGUUCAUUGAGUUGGGUCUGACCAGGCAUAGCCCCUGAUUGACAUGUGUACUAUGGUUCAUUGAGUUGGGUCUGACCAGGCAUAGCCCCUGAUUGACAUGUGUACUGUUGUUCAUUGAGUUGGGUCUGACCAGGCAUAGCCCCUGAUUGACAUCUGUACUAUGGUGCAUUGAGUUGGGUCUGACCAGGCAUAGCCCCUGAUUGACAUGUGUACUAUGGUUCAUUGAGUUGGGUCUGACCAGGCAUAGCCCCUGAUUGACAUGUGUACUGUGGUUCAUUGAGUUGUUUGGAACCUCUCAGCUCACUGACAAUAAAUAAUGAUUCAUUUAAGAUUGA